CAACACUCCCUGUUCCUCCAGUAGCAGAGGGAGAAAGAUGGCGCCCACACACGUACUGAGAUGCUGUCAACGGGGUUUAGCCUGGAUCCCUGUGAUUUUUAUCGCCCUUGUCGUCUGUUGGUCCUACUACGCUUUCGUGGUGGAGCUUUGUGUGUUCACCAUUAGGAAUAUAGGAGAGCAGGUUAUCUACCUGAUCUUCUUCCACCUCUCUUUCGUCAUGUUUGUGUGGUCUUAUUGGAAGACCAUCUUCACCAAGCCUGCCAACCCUUCCAAAGAGUUUUGCCUGCCGAAAGCCGAGAAAGAGCGCUACGAGAGGGAGGAGAGGCCAGAGUCCCAGCAGGAAAUCUUAUGGAGGGUCGCCUCCAACCUUCCUCUGUACACCCGCACAGGUGCUGGAGCAAUCCGCUACUGUGACCGCUGUCAAGUCAUCAAGCCAGACAGGUGCCAUCACUGCUCUGCUUGCGACAUGUGUGUGCUGAAGAUGGACCACCACUGUCCUUGGGUGAACAACUGCGUUGGCUUCUCUAACUACAAGUUCUUCAUCCUCUUCCUGGCCUACUCACUGGUAUACUGUUUGUUCAUCGCUGCCACGGUUCUGCAGUACUUCAUAAAGUUCUGGACUCUUUGUCGUAGGAAAUCGGCAGAGAACUGCCCAAAGAACGAGCUGAAUGACACGGGCCGGCCACAGGCCAAAUUCCACGUCCUGUUUUUGUUUUUUGUGGCGGCCAUGUUCUGCAUCAGUAUUCUGUCCCUGUUCAGCUACCAUCUAUGGCUUGUUGGAAAAAACAGGUCCACAAUAGAGGCAUUCCGAGCACCGGUCUUUAGAACAGGCUCUGAUAAGAAUGGUUUUUCUCUUGGUUUCCGGAAGAACAUCGCUCAGGUCUUCGGUGACCAGAAGAAGUACUGGCUGCUGCCAGUCUUCACCAGUCAGGGGGACGGUCUUACCUUUCCCACCCGGCUGGUUAAUGCUGAUGCAGAGCAGGCCACUGUUACUCUGCAUCCUGAUGCCAAUAAAUGCAUGCAGGACGUCUCUGUGAGCCCCCUCAGUGAGUCACAGAACCGCCUUCUCAGCAGCGAGCAGCACGCCAACAAUACUGAAAACCACCUGGCUGAUAACCCCCUCAAAUCAGCUGCAAGUGAAACCAUUACAGUCUCCAUGGAGAGUGAGUCCUAACCAGGAAAAACACCUCAGUCAUCUAAAUGUGAUGCCUUAAAAAAACACCAAACAGUUUAGUUCAUCACCAUGGCAACACCUCCCAAACCCAUCCAGAUAAAACUUUUGGAAAAGCAGUUCGCUGGCACAUGGCAGCACAGUAACGCUUUAAUAUCUUUGGCAUAUUUUGCAUGAAGUGUCGGACGGACGUCUCACUUUCACCAUCCGUAUGAAACACGCUUUCCUGUCACACUUAGCUGUGAUACAUUAUUUUUCUAUUUUGUUCCCACAACUUCAAGAAGAAGCUCUGCAGGACUCUUUAUUGUAUUGUUUUUUUUUUUUGUGCCAAUAGCCUCCAUGGUGCACCAAGGCUGGUUUUAUAGGUGCCAAGUUGCUGUUAAAAAGUUUUUUACCAUCUUUUCUUUCUGCUGUUGUUGAACCAACACAUAGAGUGGAGAUGGAGCCUUGCUUUCCAUUCUGUACAUCUCAUUUCUACGACAUUGAUCAAGCUGGAGCGAAUUAAUUGUUUGCACCUUUUUGUGAUGGAUGUUUCCUCCACCAAAAACCUGGAUUGUUGCAGAGGGCCUCUACUCCACGGCUCAGUGGACUGUGCCUGUCCUCAGCAGACUGAAACUGCACUCGGGGCGUAGAGACGAUAUUUGAGCACAAGAUGGCGCAUUUGCACUUUUUCAAUUCUGUUUUCUUUUUUUUUUUUAUUAUAGUUUUAUCAUAUCCAAACGAUAUCCACAGUGUGACAGAUGAUAGUCGUGUUUAUGUUUGUUACAGCAGACAUGACAUUCAACAAAAACCUUCAAGGGGUUUUGUGGCUAGCUGGUGUUGAAUUUAGCUGCUUUAAAAGAAAUUGGAAGUUGAUUCACUCGGUGCACUCUGCUCGUGUUUUGGUGGACAUCCACCCUUUAAAGCUUCAAACUUUACCACCACAUCCAUUGCCAAAUAAGGGCUGACAUGUCAGGAGCUCUGGCAUCUGAACCUGAAGUGUUUACAGCAUCCUAGCUUUAUCCUGCAGGCCAGUGUCAUCAAAUCACCAGAACUGGAUGUUGCUGUGGCAAUAAAAAAAAAUAAAAA